UAUACACGAAAGAACUGGAAAAAAGAAGGAAAACAAAAAAACAAAAAAAGAAGCUGCAGAAAUCUCUUCGUGAGCUUCUGCUGCUCAAAGUGAAAAAGAAUCUAAUCUGUUUUUCCCUCUCCAUCAUCUCUUUCUUUCCGAACUCCCGAUUACCGGAGACAUCCCGAUCACGACUUGACGAAACCCUAACCCCUUUCUCUCAAUUUCGUCUCAGUCAAAACCCUAGCCCUAGACGAUCGUGCUGCUUCCCUAGAAUCAGCGAAAAUGGUGUUGGCCGAGUUAGGAGGGAGAAUCUCCCGCGCGAUACAGCAGAUGAGCGAUGCCACAAUCAUCGACGAGAAGGUCCUCAAUGAGUGCCUCAACGAGAUCACCCGCGCCCUCCUCAGCGCCGAUGUGCAGUUCCAGCUCGUCCGCGAUAUGCAGAAAAACAUCAAGGCCAUCGUCAAUCUUGAGGAUCUCGCUGCCGGCCACAACAAGCGCAAGAUUAUCCAGCGAGCUAUAUUCAAUGAGCUUUGCAAGAUGUUGGAUCCCGGGAAGCCUUCUUUUACUCCAAAAAAGGGAAAACCGAGCAUCAUCAUGUUUGUUGGUUUACAAGGGUCUGGUAAGACUACAACAUGUACCAAGUAUGCAUAUUAUCAUCAGAAGAAAGGAUGGAAGCCAGCCCUUGUUUGUGCUGAUACUUUCAGAGCUGGUGCUUUUGAUCAGUUAAAGCAGAACGCCACCAAAGCUAAAAUUCCAUUCUAUGGAAGUUAUACAGAAUCAGAUCCCGUAAAAAUUGCUGUAGAAGGUGUGGAGACAUUCAAGAAGGAAAACUGUGACCUCAUUAUAGUGGAUACUAGUGGGCGUCAUAAACAGGAGGCUUCCCUUUUCGAAGAAAUGCGGCAAGUUUCUGAAGCAACGAAACCAGAUCUUGUAAUAUUUGUUAUGGAUAGUAGUAUCGGGCAAGCUGCAUUUGAUCAAGCCCAGGCAUUCAAGCAGAGUGUUCCUGUUGGAGCUGUUAUUGUUACAAAAAUGGAUGGUCAUGCAAAGGGAGGUGGUGCUCUUAGCGCUGUUGCAGCAACAAAAAGUCCAGUCAUCUUUAUAGGUACUGGUGAGCAUAUGGACGAAUUUGAAGUCUUUGAUGUUAAACCUUUUGUCAGCCGUCUUUUAGGUAUGGGCGACUGGACUGGAUUUAUGGACAAAAUCCAUGAAGUGGUUCCCAUGGAUCAACAGCCAGAGCUUCUACAAAAGCUCUCAGAAGGGAACUUUACGCUGAGGAUUAUGUAUGAGCAGUUCCAAAAUAUACUUAAAAUGGGUCCAAUUGGCCAGGUCUUCUCCAUGCUCCCGGGAUUCAGUCAAGAGUUGAUGCCGAAGGGUCGGGAGAAAGAAAGCCAGGCAAAAAUCAAGCGUUACAUGACUAUGAUGGACUCAAUGACAAAUGAAGAGCUAGACAGUACAAACCCUAAGUUAAUGAAUGAGUCGAGGAUAAUGAGAAUUGCCAGAGGAUCAGGUCGGCAGGUCAGAGAGGUGAUGGAGAUGAUGGAAGAAUACAAAAGGCUUGCCAAGAUCUGGAGCAAGAUGAAGGGCCUUAAGAUCCCGACCCGUGGUGAUAUGAAUAUGCGGUCUCGGAACAUGAACGCCCAACACAUGAGCAAAGUCCUCCCACCUCAGAUGCUGAAGCAGAUUGGAGGAAUGGGAGGCUUACAGAACUUGAUGAAGCAGAUGGGAUCUGCUAAGGACAUGAUGGGAAUGUUUGGAGGCGGAGAAUCGUGAGAAAAAACUGUCUAGCUUCUGGUGCUGUCAAGAGCUCUGGACUACUGAGUCGGGCACUGGGCAGAAGAGUGCAGCAGGUGGAUUUGGGAAAUUUCAGUGGAGCCACUUUUGGCCUCAAAUGAGUUAAUUCGUUAUAGGCCUAGUUCGUCAUGCUCGGUUUUACCUCUUGCUAUGGAUUAGGAAUUUUAUGGCUAGGCUUAGAUUCAGUUCGUGAAGUUUUCCUCCUUUCCUUUCCGAAUGUAACUCGUCCACAAGAAAGAUAUAUGAGAAUGCUUUACAGUAGGGGUUGACAUGAGUUUCGGUAAUUGAACAGAUUUCCAUGCGAAUUCGAUCCCAUGAAAGUCUGGGAAGAAUGUAAGCGUGCCAUGAAUUCAUCUCUCACAGUUUUUCUUAUCAAAGUCCGAUUCUUAUUUUUGGA